AUGUACGACAUUUGUAAAAAUAAUCAAAGAGUAGCAAAACUUCAUUUAAUCAAAACAGCCUAUCGAUUAGGCGAACCUGUUAUUGGCAUCUUGGACUUUAAUGAAGCCAAUCUAUUAACAUACAAGAUUUCUAUAUUUUUGGAAAGUAGUGAAAAUGUGGAAAGUACGAUUGCAUUAAGAAAUCCACAUUAUAUUUCACGAGUAUCAAGAAAAACACAUUCAGAUUUUCAUUCUAUUUGCUUUGAUAAUAAAAGAUUAUCGUUUUCAUUACCAAUACCUGCCACUGCUUCACCUGAAUUUCAAACAACAGGAGGUAAACCUUUUUCUUUUUUCUCUCUUUCUUAUUUGUAA